AGUUGUGGGCUUGCUUAGCGGCCAAUCUAGUAGUAGCAGACAGCAGAGAGUAGAGAGUGCGUGUAAAAGAAGAGAGACUUUCCCGAGGGGAGCGAGUGAGAGAGAAAGGCCAGUGGGCUGUCAGAAUCUUCUUUUGGGACUCCGAGAGAACAAAAACGGAAAAUAGAAAAAGAAAAAAAAAAAAGGCCAAAAAGAAGAAAAAGAAAUAAAAGAGCGGAAUGGAUGUGGUGACAUUCGGUAUUAUAAUCGGCAUAAUCGUGCUUUUCUUUGCUGCUGUUUGUUUUAUCACCAUCGAAGGAACCUGCAAACGCCGUCCUACUUAGUCUCCACUCUCCGCCCAAACAGCUCCUUAAACCCCACAGUCUUUAACGGCGACCUUAAAUUUUGAUAGGUACAAUAAAACCGACCUUAACCGACAACUGGGUUUUCUCAGAAAAUGGCGUUUUGUACGAAAGGUACGGUCUUGGUUGUUGCUUUGGUUCUUGGGCUCUGUUUGGAUCUGAGUUUUGCUUCUGGGUCUUGUGCAUCGGCGGCUCACGAGUCUCCUCACCACCACCACCAGUGCGAUCAUGGGCAUGACCACGACCACGACCACGACCACCACGGGGAGAGCUUGUUGGGGUCAAAGCUUCCUGAGGAAUUGGCUGAGGAGGAGGAUAUGAAAUUGUACGGAUUUGGAUUUGAUCAACAUGGCCAGGAUCAUGGUCAUGAUCACGAGCAUUUUGGUGCUUUGCAGCUCUCAGUUACCGGUCUCUGGUUUCAUUCCUUGGGCUGCUCGCUUUUGGUGAGUAUGGCUUCCCUUAUUUGCCUGAUUAUCUUGCCAGUAAUAUUCGUACAGGGGAAACCAUCCAAGGCAGUUGUUGAUUCGUUGGCUUUAUUUGGGGCUGGAGCUAUGUUAGGGGAUGCUUUCCUUCAUCAAUUACCACAUGCUUUUGGUGGAGGACACUCCAGCUCACAUGACGACCAUGUAGGCCAUUCCCAUCAUGAUCAUAUUGGACAUGAGCAUUCACAUUCACAUUCUUUGAAAGAUCUUUCUGUAGGAUUAUCCAUCCUGGCGGGAAUUGUAUUAUUUCUUCUGGUAGAAAAGUUGGUGAGGUAUGUUGAGGAAAACUCUGGAGGAAGUAGUGCAUGGAGUCAUGGUCAUCAUCACCAUCAUCAUAAGACCAACAAGAAAUUGAAAGAUGAUAAUGAUUCUCAUGAUGACUUGCAGUCAGAAUCUUCCAGUGGAAAAGAUGGAAGGAAGCUGAAGAUGUCAUCUGAAGAAGAGGCGGCAGCUGAAGUUUCAAAUGAUUCUUUGAUGGAAAAUAAUCGACAUGACUCUCAUAUUCGUAAGAGAAACAUUACGACUGGUGAUAAACAAGACGUAGCUGCUGCAGAUGACUCCAACUGUGAUGCUAAGUCCUCAGAUGGAGAACCUACUCGAUCACCAUCAAAUCUUGUGUUUGGUUAUCUCAAUCUCUUCUCUGAUGGUGUUCACAAUUUUACGGAUGGGAUGGCUUUAGGAAGUGCUUUUCUGCUUCAUGGAUCUGUCGGUGGGUGGUCUAGAACACUAUUCUUGCUUGCCCACGAGAUUCCUCAAGAGGUUGGUGAUUUUGGUAUUCUUGUAAGGUCUGGUUUCACUGUCUCCAAAGCUCUGUUUUUCAACUUUCUCUCAGCACUUGUGGCACUAGUUGGAACCGCAAUGGCUCUGCUUUUGGGCAAGAAUCCAGGACAGUCAUCUUUGAUUGAGGGAUUUACAGCUGGUGGAUUUAUAUACAUUGCUGUUGCUGGAGUGCUUGCAGAAAUGAACAACAAUGGCAGCUCAUCAUUGAAAAGCACGGCAUUCCAAUUAACUGCAUUGAUACUCGGCAUGGGAGUUGCCCUUUGUAUUUCUCUUUUUGAAUGAAAGUUGAUUUAGAAAUUGGGACGCGAAAGUCAAUCCAAAUGUACUGCACAGGUAUAAUAGUCAAAUUGCAAUUAUCUCCUUGUCCACCUAAUGCCACGGCUGAUAAUUGUACGGUGAGUGUGGAAAAGGGACAGGUAGAUAAAGGAAAGAAGAAUGUGGUUAACCUUGCUUCUGUUCGUUCUGGGUAAUGUCAGAGGGUGAAUUCAUGAUCUUUACUGACAGCGAUCCAUACAAGGUGGUGAACAUGCUCUUUUUUCCUCCCCUGUAUUGGAGAAUCAACAUGCUUUUUGUUAACUGCCAAUUAUGAGAUUACAGUUGCUCAAUAUAUUUUGCUUUUCCUGAUUUGGAUUAGCUGGUUUUAGAACUGCACAAA